UUGUUGAGAGAAAUCCCAUGGUACCUCCCUGAUGAAAGCACUGGAAACUGGAGAAAAUGAUUUUGUGUAACACAUCAUUUUAUUUUCUGAUGCUACACGCAGGUGUGUGGAUGGUGUUCGCUGUGAACUUGAGAUGUGUUCACACCUUACGUACCAUCCGGCAAGAUAAGAGUGGCCCAUGUGACGUGACUUCAAUACAGGUUCCUUGCCGACAACCUGAAAGCAGUGUUAAUGUGGAAGAGUUGUACUGGCAAGCUAUGAACAUCUCACAGUGCAUGAACACUCGAGCUCACACACAGAUGAAUCAAAAUGAAGUGGACAUACUUGAAUCUCUUCAAUGCCUGAUCAGUGACAUGCAGAAAAACAUUAGGCGCCGUAACUUUACAGAUGCAGGUCGAAGUAGAAUGUUCCUGAAUACAGUGUUGGGGACAUUAUCUGGUAAUAGCCAGAAGGGUGUUCAAGACUAUCAGUGUUUCUAUUGCGUUAUCUAUGAAUUAAAUUAUGUCUUAAAUUCAACAAUCUACUUCAAUGUAAGUGGCAAAGAAUCUCUCUCUUUCAAUACUUCACAACUUCAAAAUUUUGAAAUUAUUCAAAGGAUUUUUACAGUAGUUCUGUACAUACAAUUAUCCCAAAAUGGUUCAAGUGUUAUGAACAGUAUUUUCUUUGACGCAGAAACACUGGAGGACCUUUUCAUUACUUUGACAAAUAACACGUUAAACACAAGAGAGAUAAAAAGAGAAGUUGAGAGAGUUAUGAAGGAGAACUCCAAAGAAAAAAGCAACAAAUUUAGUGAAGUAAAGAACUGUGGAUUUCAGAGUGAAUGCAGACUGAGGCCAAUAUUAUGGAUCCUGUACACAAUUGCUGUCGCCGAAAACGGUCUUCUGAUAUUUAUUUUCAUGCGCCAUAGCGAGAUAAGAUCAGACAGAAAUAUUAUAAUACUGAACUUGGCUGUCGCCGAUGUUUUGGCAGUUCUCUGUAACGCUUCCCUCCAGAUAAUCUUCAUAUAUGGUGGGACAUUUGAAAGUGUAAAAAUAUAUUAUCGGAUCUUGGAUUUAUCCCUCGAAGUCUCAACCGGUGUGUGUAUAUAUUCAAUUGUAAUACUGAGCAUUCAGAGAUAUUUUGCUGUCAUUCCGACUUACAAACCCAGAGAAUGUGGACUUUCAAGGCGUUUCGACUCAGCACUGUUCGUCUUUGUUCUGUGGAGCGCGGCCUGUGUGCCUCAAAUCAUAAGCGUAACAACUGACAUGAGUGUCCAAGCUUGGGCAAUGCGCAAUCUAAUAUUGUACUGCGUGGUGCCAAUCGUUGCUAUAGCAACGUUUUAUUUGAUGACUUCCUGGCGGUUGAGGCAAAGUGUCCGAAAGAUGCCGGGUGAGGCAGUGAGGCAGGAAACAGCUCGACACGCCCGCGUUAGGAGCUCCAAUGUUCUAAUUGCACUGAUAGCAGUUUUUGUCAUCAGUUACACCCCAAUACAGUUGUUCAGAUUUAUAGAACUGUGGUUUUAUGGUGGGGGCUACCUCUUCGAUUAUGUUGACCUCAUAGCUUACUCAUUGCUAUCCCUUAACUCGUGCUUCAAUCCGAUCGCUCUGUACGUCGCAAGUGGAACUUUCAGACGAUAUUAUAACAAAUACAUCUGCGUGUGUUGGAAGGACACUGACUUGACCACGUCCAGUUCUAAUACAAACAUCCAGACUACUGUCAAGACAUGCGCACUGCACAUUUAAAACUUCUCAACGUCGGCAAGAUAUGUUGACAUGUACAACAAUUUAAAGAAAUUUAAGGAAUGUGGUUGUAAAUAAACAGAUUUUCAUACUA